CCAACAAAGUAAUCUUCAUGUUUGAACAACUGUAGUAUUACAGAUAUUGGUUUAGAUAUUUUUUGUAUUUAUUAGAUAGCUGAACAGAAAAUAUGGAUGACUUAGAAGAAUAUACAGCACCACCAGAGGGUGAGUUAGAAAGCUCCUUUUUAAAAGCAGCAAAUCUACUGCAAAGCCAUGCUGCAUCCUUGGAUGCAGAAAAACUUCUGUAUUUCUAUGCCCGUUAUAAGCAGGCUACUGAAGGAACAUGCAAUAUUCCCAAGCCAGGUUUCUUUGAUUUUAAGGGUAAGCAGAAGUGGGAGGCAUGGAAGAGUAUGGGAGACAUGACAAAAGAGGAAGCCAUGAAGCAGUAUGUGGCUGCCAUCUCUGAUGUUGACCCAGACUGGGAGCUAAAGGUCGGCACAGGUGAAGGUCCCAGGACAUCAUGGGUCCGAGUCAGUAGUCUUGCUGGGAAUGAAAAAGAUGAAGACAUUCCAGAAAAGGAUAAGAACUGCUUUGACUGGGUGAAGGAGAACAACGUAAGCAAGGUGAAGGACCUGGAGACUCAAGUCCUGCAGGAGAAAGAUGAGAACGGCAUGACGCUGUUACACUGGGCGGCUGACAGAGGAUACUCCGAGAUGGCCAAGUACCUUCUGGAGCGCAAGAUCAAUGUGAACGAGAGGGAUGCAGAUGGACAGACAGCACUCCAUUAUGCUGCUGCCUGUGGUCAUGCAGACAUGAUCCGUGUGCUGCUUGACCACGGGGCAGACGUCUCCAUUCAGGACUCCGAGGGACUGCAGGCAGAAGAGUGUGCUGAAGACAAUGCUGUUAAAGAUUUACUGAAACUUCUGUGAGCCUAGAAUCUCGAAGCAGUGUUUGCAUCUCAGUGUAACAUCCAGUGACAGUGUACUACACCAAUUCCAUUGUAAAUAGAAUGCUUCUUAUUACAUCUGAGUGAAAACAAA